UGACUCUGACUCCGGCCUGGCUCUGCUUUGCUCCAAGAUUCCAAGACCCGCCGCGGCGGUGACCUCUCCACGCCGUCCGUCCGUCCGCCCGUCGCUAUGGACGUCGUCAGCAACGAGGCGCGGGUGGGCGCGUUCGCGAUCGGCCCGUCGACGGCGCUGGGCCGCGCGCUGGCGCUGCGGGUGCUCUGCUCCGGCUCGCUGGCGCGGCUGCGGCGCCGCCUCGCGCGCGCGCUGCGCGCGGCGGCGCCGCUGGCGGCGGCGUGGCUGCACCCGCGCCACAACACGCGCGGGAUCCUGCUGGCCGUCUGCGCCGUGGCGCUGCUGCUGCGGGGCCGCGGCGGCCGCGCCGGGGUGCGCGCGCGGGUGCAGUCCGCCUACCGCCGCAAGUUCUGGCGGAACAUGAUGCGCGCCGCGCUCACCUACGAGGAGUGGGCGCACGCCGCGCGGAUGCUCGACAGGGAGACACCGCGACGCGCCACCGACGCAGACCUCUACGACGAGGAGCUCGUGCGCAACAAGCUACGCGAGCUCAGGCACCGGCGCCAGGAGGGGUCGCUCAGGGACAUCGUAUUCUGCAUGCGCGCAGACCUGCUCAGGAACCUGGGCAACAUGUGCAACCCGGAGCUACACAAAGGGAGGCUGCAGGUCCCUAAACUCAUCAAGGAGUACAUUGAGGAGGUAUCUACUCAACUGAAGAUGGUCUGCAAUUCUGAUUCAGACGAGCUGCCUCUCGAAGAGAAACUGGCAUUUAUGCACGAGACAAGGCAUGCCUUUGGGAGAUCGGCCUUGCUGCUAAGUGGAGGCGCUUCAUUUGGAACUUUCCAUGUGGGUGUCGUGAAAACCUUGGUAGAACAUAAGCUUCUGCCUAGGAUUAUUUCGGGAUCAAGCGUUGGCUCGAUAAUGUGUUCUAUUGUAGCCACGAGGUCAUGGCCAGAACUGGAGAGCUUUUUUGAGGAGUGGCAUUCCUUGAAAUUCUUUGACCAGAUGGGUGGGAUCUUUCCUGUGUUUAAAAGAAUCUUGACGCAUGGAGCUGUUCAUGACAUUAGGCACUUGCAGACGCAGUUGAGAAAUCUCACGAGCAAUUUGACAUUUCAAGAGGCAUAUGACAUGACUGGCCGGGUUCUCGUUGUCACUGUGUGUUCUCCAAGAAGACAUGAGCCACCUCGAUGCUUGAACUAUUUGACGUCACCUCACGUUCUCAUCUGGAGCGCCGUAACCGCUUCCUGUGCUUUCCCUGGACUUUUUGAGGCCCAAGAGUUGAUGGCCAAAGAUAGAUUCGGAGCAACAGUUCCUUUUCAUGCUCCAUUCUUGUUGGGCGUGGAGGAACGAGCUGACGCUGCUACACGACGCUGGAGAGAUGGGAGCUUAGAAAGUGAUUUGCCCAUGAAGCAAUUGAAGGAAUUAUUCAAUGUGAAUCAUUUCAUAGUAAGCCAAGCCAAUCCUCACAUAGCUCCAUUACUGAGACUAAAGGAGAUCGUCAGGGCUUACGGAGGCAGCUUUGCUGCCAAGCUUGCUGAACUUGCUGAGAUGGAAGUUAAGCAUAGGUUCAAUCAAGUUCUGGAACUUGGAUUUCCACUAGGAGGAAUAGCUAAGUUGUUUGCUCAACAUUGGGAAGGUGAUGUCACAAUUGUUAUGCCAGCCACUCUUGCUCAGUACUCGAAGAUCAUACAGAAUCCGUCAUAUUCUGAGCUUCAGAAGGCCGCAAGUCAGGGUAGGCGAUGCACUUGGGAAAAGCUUUCUGCCAUCAGAGCAAAUUGUGCUAUUGAGCUUGCAUUAGAUGAAUGUGUUGCCCUCCUGAACCACAUGCGUAGGCUAAAGAGAAGUGCGGAAAGAGCAGCUGCACAGGGAUAUGGUGCUACAAUUAGACUCUGUCCAUCUAGAAGGAUUCCAUCAUGGAAUCUCAUAGCAAGAGAAAAUUCAACUGGUUCUCUCGAGGACGAAAUGCUUACGUCUCCUACUGUCCCAAACCAUCAAGCUGUUGGUGCUGGACCAUCUAACAGAAAUCAUCAUCUCCAACAUGGUAUGCAUGACAGCAGUGACAGUGAAUCUGAAAGUAUAGACAUAAACUCAUGGACGAGAAGUGGUGGCCCUCUCAUGAGGACAGCUUCAGCUAAUAAGUUUAUCAGCUUUGUUCAGAACCUUGAGAUUGAUACAGAAUUCCGAACAAUUUCACCAAGGGGAAGAAGUGAUGCUAUGACACCAAGUAGUAACUUGUUGGCUGGUCACCCAGUUGGUAGAGAGCUAGUUGAGAACCAUACAAGGCCCGUUUCUCCUGGUAGGAGCUCAGGAAAUUCAGGUUGUGAUCCUCAUGAUUCUACUGUCCAUAGGUCUCCAUUUGGUCUUUCAACCAGCAUCAUGGUCCCUGAAGGCGACUUGUUGCAGCCUGAAAAGAUAGAUAAUGGUAUUUUGUUCAAUGUCGUGAGAAGAGAUACUCUCCUAGCAUCUACUAGUGGAGUUGAACCUCAUGGAUAUCCACACGAAGCUGAUGUGGAAACUGUACCCACUGAGUGCCUUUAUGGUGCUUCAGAUGACGAUGAUGUUGAAUUGAAAGUAGAUGAUGAAGCAGCAUCUGACCCUGGAGUGUACGUAAGCAGCGAAAGUGUAGGUCAUCAAGGAUCUUCGCCUGCAGACACUCUAGAUUCUUCUGCUUCCACAGAUCGUCAAGCUGAAACAAGCACUAUUAGAUCUGAAGCUCCUUCUCUUUUUGAUAUCUGUGUGGAGAAUCCUCCAGCAACCGUGACCACAAAAAAUAGUCGGCCUGACCAGCAUUCUUCAGAAACAAGUCUGGAGACAGAAAAGACAGAAUGCCGUGAUGGGAAUUCAACUUCUGGGAAUGAUGAAGUUGACUCAGUUCCAGCUAAUGAAGAACCUUCCCUUUUCUCUGGUACAGCAGAAACUUUGCAGCAGCAUGAAGUGGAAACGGGAUCUGUAAACUCGUAUGAUGUUUCAGUUUCGGAAGGUGAUAGACUUAUCAGUGUCACUUCUACUGAGGAACCAGGUACUACAUCCAGUGGCAGUGCUGAGAGUGACAUCUGGGUGAAAUGAAGUUCAGCAUAAAAGCCCAGCCCACGGAAGGUCAGCCUCUCCAGACCCAGCAACUUUCCCUCUGCUUCUCCGCUAGAACCCUAGCCGCCGCGCCAUCCCAAAGAAUCGGGAAAGGGAAGCG